GUCCCUCACCGGUGCCAUGCUCUAUGUGGCCACCUCCAAACACUCGUGGUAUCGAUGGAAUGUUGGCCGUCUACUCUGUGGCUACGCCGGUUUGGGACUCCUUCACGGCCACGUUGGGCGACCCGGGAGUUGGCCGCGCUGCCUCCAGUGGCAGCCUGCAGACUCGGCGACGGCCGGCGGCUCACCGCUGUGGAGGCGAUCCAGGUGGGGUUGGUCUUUCGUGGUUGGUCUUUCGUGCCAGCCAUCUUCUGACCAAUUUGAGCUCAUGCAGGGGGAUCAAUGGCUACUUGGACAGGCACUUGGCCAACCUCCACUGCGACUUUGGAAUUUUUGUCCGCUUUGCGAAGCGCCAUUUGAAGUCCCAGAAGUACCAGUCCUUCGUUUUGCAAGACGACGGGAGGGCAGGGGAGUACAUGGCCAAGAGGCUUGCCAAGGUGAAGCUGGAGAUGGACCAAGGGCACCAGCAUGCACUGCAAACGGACUGGGACGAUGUGGAGCCCGAGGGCAAUGGCCGAAGGAAGAGCAAGGUGAGAAGGGAGGCGCGGAAAAAGAAGCUUCGAGCAGAACGAGAAGAGCUUCAACACCUGAGAAAUUGGACGACGCGGGGUGGCAUCCUGUCCAUCAAUGGGCGCAUCGUGGCAGCUGUCUUCAGCACGAUAGAGAAGACACAGACUGACGAGCUGCUGGUGGACUUCAUGGAGUCCAGCUCGCAAUCAGUGCUGGAAGCGCUGGCCGUGCUGGUUGCGCUGACGAGGUGGAGCGAGAAACUGAAAGGGAUGACUGAGUUGUGCAUUGAGGAGUUGAAGACAGCCCGCAUUCCUGGCAAAGCCAACGUGGAAGCUGACAUUGACAUCGCCCCGGAGAAUGGCCCUGUAAACAGCUUUUAUCGGCUGCCGUCACCCCUGCGAGCACCCAGCUUGCAUGUGGGGCGUGAAAGGAUGUCGAGUGCCGAUCAGUUGACCUUUCUUGUGGCUGGUGGUCACAGAUGCCAUCGGCCACGUCUUGCUGUUGACAUGGGCCUGCACGACUUGCUGGGGUUGCUGCGCGUCGCUGAAGAGCACACCCGCAUCCAGGCGCACGAGCCAAGCCAGGGAUUCAAGCUGGCAAGGCGCCACGAAAGGGAGCAUAGGAUGGUUGGGCACGGACUACCUCAACAAGUUGAGAAGCUGGGGCUGGAUGAGCCCCAAGGAAAAGGCCACAUGACGCCCCUGCAGCAGCCCCUAGCCCUAGCCCUAGGACACCAGGCCGAAGUGGACGUGGAAGUUGAUGCAGACAUGGUCGAGGAGAAACUGGAGGAGGAGGAAGAGGAGGAGGCGGAGGAGGCGGAGGAGGAGGAGAAGGAGGAUGAGGUGCGCCUGGGGCCAACAGAGCUCACAAGAAUCGUGCCCAUGCUCAACAUCCAUCACCCAAAGCUAGAGAUCAACACAGCAACACUGCCGGCACACGGCGCCAAAACACUCGAGAGCCUACGUGGCAACAGCCGAGUGCUGGAGUACUCUAACACGGCCGCAACGUUUGAAAAAUGGGCAGAACAGUGGAACAACUACCACCGUGCCGAGAUCAAAGUGGAAGAUGACGACAUCAAGGAGCAACAGCUCGAAGAGUCCCAGCUCUACCAAUCAACAAGAAUGGCAGA